CCUCAAAAAAAUCACUGUUCCAGGAGGAGGCUCAGCACAGAGGAGGAAGCAUCUCAGCGCUGACACUCAGGAGCAGCUGUGCCCGUGAGCCUUUCUGGAGCCCCAGCUCUUCUCUCACAGGGAUCACAGAGCAGGCAGCAGACGCCAUGGAGGCUCCUUCAGCCCAUGGACACAGAUGGCGAGUCCCCUGGCAGGGGCUCCUGCUGGCAGUCUCACUCUGCACCAUUGAGAUACUACCCAACAAUGGCGGAUUAGUUUUGGAAUCCCGGAUGGCUCCUGAUGUUAAUUCUUACAUAUUUCUCAAGCUUGAUCCAAUACCGAGAACAGUUCACAGCUACACCUGGCUCAAAGGUGACAACAGGGAUCCUAAUAAUCAAAUUGCAUCAUACGUUGUAAGCACAGGAAUAAUGAGCCCAGGGCCUGCAUACACUGGCCGAGAGAAAUUAUACCCAAUUGCUGCACUAAAGGUCUGGAACAUCUCCAGAGAAGAUUCAGGAUGUUACACCGUGGAGGCCUUAAUGACUAACAACAAAAAGUAUAAGGCAUCUAUAUAUUUGUUCAUUCUAGAACCAUUGACAGCCACCUCUCUGGAGGAAUUCACAUCCACAGUUCAAGUAAAUGACGAACUUGUUAUAAUAUGUCUGACAAGUGAUACAUCUGUACGCCUCCACUGGUUAUUCAAUGGCCGCAAACUGCAGGAAAAAGAGAAUAAGAAGCUGUCCUCUAACAAUAAGACGGUGCACAUAAAGAACAUCAUGAGGGAGGAUGCUGGGAAAUACCAGUGCAUGUACGCAAAAGUGAACAUUAUGGGAACAAGUGAGCGCCUCAAACUUGAAGUGAUCUAGAGUGACACUUCAUCCAGUAAAUCAUUCAUUAAAUAUAAAAUCAAAAUUUUUUUAUCUCAAAAGCAGUUUCUUGAGAUCUUGAAAACUCAAUGAAUGGUGGGAUGGAAAGUCCUAGAAGACUUGUAUUGGGUCAGUAAAGCACAAACAUGCAACUGACAUGGUCCUUGUGCAGUGACUGUCACAGUCCAGCAGAGGGCGCCGCCUCUCGUCUCAGUUGGGCCAUCUCCACAAGGGAGGGGACACCCUAUCCCUCAGAGGACAGGUGCAGGUCAUGUGACAAUGGUGGGGGCACAUGAGAAGCUGCUGCACCUCCCCCUGCAGUGACCCUCAGGGCUAAUGGCUGUUGCCAUGGUCCCUGAGGUCCAGCGUGGGCAAGGAACCAUGCGCGCAGGGGGAGAACAGCAAACUCCCUAAGAUGCAGAGAAGCCGAAUGCCUGCCAAGAGAUAACGACCACCAGAAGCUGCCACAAAGAUGAUUAAAAGAAAUGCUGACCACCUGGAACCUUAUCUCGCUUUCUCAAGGCCCACAAACUUUAUUCUGCUACAACUGUCUCUCUAAAAUCUUUCCUUUUUCUGGUCAUUGAUUGCUAAUUAAAAAGCAUACGUAAUUUAAUAAUUAGGCUAAUGCAAAUGAAACAUUACUAAACACUGUAUUAUAAUAGAAUUGUUAGUUUAAUAAUCUUUCUAUUAUGUGCUUAACUUUAGUACCUUUGAUAUUAACUGCAUUAUAAUAUAAAUUUACCUAUGACAAUUAAUUAUGAGUAAACAUAAGUAGGUAAUAGUAGUAGUAAUUAGUACAAGAAUACAGAAAGAGUUAAUAACCUGUCUACUUAGGAAUGCAGCUAGGUCCAGAUGUAUUGUGGACAUAAAUCACUGCCCUGUCAAUGAUAAGCUAAACCUAUGAGCAAACUGAUUUCUUUGAUGUUCACUGUUCCUAUGCCUUUGGAAAAAACAUAUAUAUACUGACCACCGACUCAAAUAAAAUUGCACUCAGAUUUACACUCUCUCUUGAAGUGUGUCUGUUUGUCAUUUCUUUAACCGAAUCCCUGACCACCCUGCGCAGUCUCUCAACCCUGAGACGGCCUCAUCGUCUACUGCUGUGCUGGUCCGC